GGACCCAGCAUCCUCUUCCAGGGCGACCCCAGUCUGAAAGUCGUGUUUGUCCUAACGGGGGGAAAACAAGAGCACAUUCUUGUCCAAGUAUGGAUAAGUACACAGUUUGUGCGUUGGUUAUAGCGCUCGGUGCAUUUGUGCAGUUCAAGAUUGUUUUUACUCAGAAUUCCCGAAACAAUUUGACAGAGAUUCGGCCGAAAGCGGGCCGAUGCCCUCGUCUUCUGAAAGUGGUGCCAUCACGCAAGGGCUGCGCGUGUGAUCAAGACUGCCCUGAGAACCACAAGUGUUGCGUCUUUGACUGUGGAGCUGCCUGCGUCCCUCCUUCUUUAAAUAAACCAGGAGUGUGUCCGCGUCGAAAGUGGGGCUAUGGGCAGUGUGCCGAGUUUUGCUAUGACGACAGUGACUGUCCCAAUGAGGAGAAAUGCUGCUCCAACGGAUGCGGACACGAGUGCACGGUCCCUUACAAAGUGAAGCCGGGCCGUUGCGCUCUGCCCCAAGGAACUCCCAUGUGUGCAGAGUACUGCUACCAUGAUGGUCAAUGUCCAGAGGAGCAGAAAUGCUGCAGGACAACCUGCGGUCACGCCUGCAGUAAGCCCUGCUGAGUUGACUACAAUCAACUUCAUGACAAAAAUACAGAAGGAGACAGGAGAGUGUUUUUUUU